AGCUGCAGCGAGGGAGCUGCGCGCUCACCAGGACCCGGACGGCUGGGGGAGCCCGGGCAGCGCCAGCUUCGGUGACACCAUGAAUGGCUCGGGCGGCCCCGCGGCCGAGGACACGAGCCGGGAAGGCGGCAGCGGCGGCUGGCAGCCCGAGGCGGUCCUCGUGCCCCUGCUUUUCGCGCUCAUCUUCCUCGUGGGCACCGUGGGCAACGCGCUGGUGCUGGCCGUGCUGCUGCGUGGCGGCCAGGCGGUCAGCACCACCAACCUCUUCAUCCUCAACCUGGGCGUGGCCGACCUAUGCUUCAUCCUGUGCUGUGUGCCUUUCCAGGCCACCAUCUACACCCUGGACGGCUGGGUGUUCGGCUCGCUGCUCUGCAAGGCCGUUCAUUUCCUCAUCUUCCUCACCAUGCAUGCCAGCAGCUUCACGCUGGCCGCCGUCUCCCUGGACAGGUAUCUGGCCAUCCGCUACCCGCUGCACUCCCGCGAGCUGCGCACACCUCGAAACGCACUGGCGGCCAUCGGGCUCAUCUGGGGGCUAGCCCUGCUCUUCUCCGGGCCCUACCUGAGCUACUACAGUCAGUCGCAGCUGGCCAACCUGACCGUGUGCCACCCAGCGUGGAGCGCGCCUCGACGCCGCGCCAUGGACCUCUGCACCUUCGUCUUCAGCUACCUGCUGCCGGUGCUGGUUCUCAGCCUGACCUACGCGCGCACCCUGCGCUAUCUCUGGCGCACAGUUGACCCAGUGGCUGCAGGCUCGGGGUCCCAGCGCGCCAAGCGCAAGGUGACACGCAUGAUCGUCAUCGUUGCCGUGCUCUUCUGCCUGUGUUGGAUGCCCCACCACGCGCUUAUCCUCUGCGUGUGGUUUGGCCGCUUCCCGCUCACGCGCGCCACUUACGCGCUGCGUAUCCUUUCACACCUAGUUUCUUAUGCCAACUCGUGCGUCAACCCCAUCGUUUACGCGCUGGUCUCUAAGCAUUUCCGCAAGGGUUUCCGCAAAAUCUGCGCAGGCCUGCUGUGCCGCGCCCCGAGGAGGAGAGCCUCGGGCCGAGUGUGCGUCGUGGCGCCUGGCAACCAUAGUGGCAGUGUGCUGGAACGCGAGUCCACAGACCUGACGCACGUGAGUGAGGCAGCGGGUCCCCUUGUCCCAGCACCCGCACUUCCCAACUGCAUAGCCUCGAGCAGAGCUCUCAACCCAGUCUGUUAAAGGA